CCUAUUUUAAAAGCAAAUAAUUAGGCAUUUAAUAAGUUUUUUUUAUUUAACUGCCUUUUUAUAUUUCACUGUUACCGAGUUCCAUAUGCUGAGUGUUGUUAUCACAUUAUUAUGUAAAUUUAAUUAAAUAUUUAAAAAAUGGCUAUAUUAACGAAGUUAUUAUUAAUUAAGUGUACAGUUUUACUGUAGCGACUUCGGUACAGUAAACACGUAAAAUGUUGUGCUCCGUAAAACACAAAAAUUUUAGUGGUCAAACUAAACUUAAGUAUUUUUGAUUGGUGUUACUGGAUAUUGAAUGAAGUGUUUUAAGAGAAGUGACGGAUUAGUUGUUCAUUGAAGGCAUACCGUAGCUAAAAACAUAAAAAGCUUUAUAAUAAACAAUAAUUUAUCUGGUGUUGCUGGACUAAGUCACUGAAUUCCGCAGGAAAAAAACUGCGAUUCUAACGUGGCCAGAUACAUACGUUGUCGAGGCUGUGCAGGAAACAGAAUUGUACUAUGAUUUGUACAAUUAGCGAAUUUGGUUAUUUGAGAUAUUACAAAUAGCAGUAAGAUGGAGUGCACUGCUGAAACUUCGAUUCUAGAAUUAAAAGAACAUCGAAUAUUGAGAUUUUAUUGUGAAAAAUGUCUACAAUUCGAGACGCACACUCUACUUCAAAACUCAAUAGAAGACAAAAUAAAAAUUAUUGAAUCCAAAGAUGAAAUAAUAACGUUACUUAAACAAAAACUAACGGAGUCCGAAUCAUCACGUAUACCAAUAACAACAUCAUCAUAUAGUCAAAUAGCACAAACUGAAAUAAAAAAAUCACCAAAAAUAAACAUAAAUCUUCCCGGAAUCAUUAUUAAACCAAAGCAAAAACAAACUGCCGAAAAAACUGAAAAGGAUAUAAAGGAAGCUAUAGUUCCAAAAGAUCUUCGAAUUGCCGUAAAAAAUACUAAAAAAAUAAAAGAUAGUAGUAUUCUUAUUCAAUGCUGCAAUAAGGAACAUGUUGACAUUCUAAAAAAAGAAGCAGAAUCCAAAUUAAAGAACUAUGAAGUACAAGUAACAAAAUUAAGGCUACCGAGGUUCAAAAUAAUAGGAUGUACCACCAAUCUUAGCGAAAAGGAGAUAGAGAACUCUAUAAGAAAGCAAAACAAUUUUAUCACCGAGCAAAAUAAACUUAAAAUAACAUAUAAUAAAAAAGCUAGAAAUGACAAAGGUAAAUCCAUAGUUUUUGGUGAAUGUGACCCCAUUUUAUUUAGUAAACUGAUAUAUGAAAAGAAAAUUUUCUUUGGUUGGCAAAGGUAUCCAGUAUACGAGGAUUUGAGUAUACAGCGAUGUUUUAAGUGUCAACAAUUUUACCACAAAAUUGAAAAUUGUCCUAAUGAAGCUGUAUGUGAAUUUUGCUCCAACAAACAUGAUGUAUCUGAAUGUCCGAAAUUACAAAAAAAAUGCGUCAACUGCAUUUCAGCAAACAUGAAAUACAAAAGUAAUUACAACACAGUUCAUGAAGCAAACAACCCAGAAUGUCCAUCUUAUCAGUACCAGUUGAAUCUUCUGCGAACGAAAAUAGAUUAUCAUGGGUAAUCUUAAUGGUAUGUGAACAACCUGAAAUAGUACUAUUACAAAACCUAGAAGUUCUGGAUAAUGUAUUGCAUCAGGAGACUGUCGACAGUGAAUCAAUUACAAGUAAAAUUAAUCUCAAUAAUAUUUUUUUUAAUAUUUUACAUUUUAAUAUUAGAUCUAUACAUAAGAAUUUUAAUGAACUAGUAGCAUACUUGCAAGCUUAUGAGUUAAAUUUUAGCGAUAUAAUUGUUUUGGGAGAAUCUUUUGAAAGUUAUGACAAUCAAUAUAAUAUUGACGGCUAUAAGAUGUUUUAUAAUGGAGCAAAAUAUAAUAGAAAUGAUGGUGUUGUCAUUUUUGUAAAAUCCGAUAUAACUUUUGAUAUUAAUCACGUUUUACUUAAAAAUUCAAAUGUUACACUGAGUCAGAUCAAUCUAAAAAAAGAUGCCACUACUAUCAGCGUGAUUUGCACUUACAGAACCCCUAAUACAGAUAAACGCCUUUUUUUGAAUGACCUUGGAAUUUAUUUACAAGAAUGUAAAAAAAGUGAAUUUAAUAUUUUUUUGGGUGAUAUUAACAUAAAUAUUUUAAACAAGGAUGAUGACUGCGUAAACUCAUAUCUUUCCCUUUUAAAUCACUUCGGCUUUUUAUCAUGUGUAAACUCUCCGACAAGAAUUACCCCAGAAACAAGUACAUGUCUUGAUCACAUUUUCUUUAACAAAAAAAAUAAUAAUACGAUGCAGGUCAACUCAUAUUUACUACAUGCUGAUGUGACAGAUCACUAUCCCGUUAUGUUAAACACAUCUAAAAAAAAUUUUAAUUGCAAUAAAAAUAAACAUAUAAUUAAAAAAAUAAAUAGACUAAAUGAACAAAUUUUCUAUAAUCUUUUACAAGAAGAAAGCUGGAACACUGUCCUAUCUGAAACGGAUUCAGCCAGAGCAACAGAUAGUUUUUAUAAAAUUUUAGUAACCUAUCGCGACCAGGCCAGUUACACAAAGACGAUUCACAUAAAAGAAUAUGAAAAACGUAAACCUUGGAUAACCAAUGGUAUAAUAACCAGUAUAAAGAAAAGAGACAAAAUGAAAAAACUACUUUUGCAAACUUUUAAUGAAAAUGAUAAUCUGAUUUACAAAAAUUAUAGAAAUAACCUAAAUAAACUAAUAAAUAAAACUAAACACACAUAUUAUAAAACGGAAAUUGAAAAUGCUGGCAGUAAUCUUAAAAGAGUUUACAAAUUAAUAACAGAAGCGACUAAUGGUCAGUCAAAAAUUAAAAAAAACAUACUUCCCAUUGUAAAUAAUAAAACUAACAUCCCCUUUACGAAUAUCAAGAGUUUGGCCGAUUAUUGUAACAAUUACUUUACUAACAUUGGACUGGAAAUGUAUAACAAAAUUAAAACUAGCCAGAAUGAAAUAGAUGUAAAUACAGCCUUGUUGAAUUCAUUUUAUUUAAGUCCAGUUGAUAAUAAUGAUAUAAUUAAACAGAUUAACAAUCUUAAGAACAAUAGCUCUCCAGGGAUAGAUAACUUUACCUCUUCUUUAAUAAAAAAGACACAUUUAUUUUUAGUUCGCCCCCUCGCCCAUAUUAUUAAUUUAAUAUUCACUACGGGAAAAGUCCCUGAACAAUUUAAAAUAUCAAUUGUGUCACCUAUUUUUAAAUCCGGAGAAAAAAGUAAUAUAAAUAAUUAUCGACCAAUCAGUGUAAUAAAUAAUUUUGCUAAAGUUUUUGAGAAGUGCCUGAAAGAUAGGUUAAUGACAUUUUUGCAAAGUAAAAACUUAAUAUCGAAACGACAAUACGGUUUUCUUAGUGGGUCAAGUACAACAGAUGCCCUAUAUCAACUUACUAAACAAAUAACAGAUAAACUGGAAAAGAACAAGAAAUGUAUUACAGUAUUCCUGGAUUUGGCAAAGGCCUUUGAUACUGUGCCCUAUGAUCUUCUCUUGGAUGUUUUAUCUUCAAAUGGAGUUAGGGGCCCAGUAUUGGAGGUUUUUCAAAGUUAUUUAACUGGAAGGCAGCAAUAUUUAAAAAUUGAGGAUACAUUAAGUGAACCAUUAGAAAUAAAAAUAGGAAUACCUCAGGGAACCGUGUUAGGACCUUUACUGUUCAUUACAUAUAUUAACUCACUAACAGAAUUAAAAAUUAAAGAUGGUGCUGUUAUAUCAUACGCAGAUGAUACGGCAAUAAUUUUCUCUGGAACAACAUGGGAAAAUGUGAAAGACAGUGCAAUAAUCGGAAUACGUAAGAUAAAAAACUGGCUAGACACUUUUAAAUUAUCACUUAACAUAUCAAAAACUCACUAUAUUGCAUUUUCAUUAACUGAAGCAAACCGCCCAUCAUUUAAUUCUCUUGAUAUAGAAAACAAUACACAACAGGAUAAUAUUAUUAAAGAAGUUUACUUCACUAAAUAUUUGGCUGUUACUAUUGAUAAGCAUCUAAAAUGGAAUCACCACAUUUUAAAUCUAACCAAAAAUAUUCGAAAACUCUUACACAAAUUUUACAUUCUAAAACAAAUCUUAAGCCGGAAAUUGUUGGUUGCAGUUUAUAGGGCAUUGGUUGAAUCAUUGAUUAGAUACGGUAUUGUUGCAUGGGGUGGACUGUACCAAACUUCUUUGAAACCCUUAAAUGUGGUACAAAAUUAUAUUUUAAAAAUCAUGUUUGGGAAAAAUAAACUAUAUUCAACCAAUUUAUUGUACUCAUGUGAUAUAUUUGAUGUCCGAUCACUUUAUGUUUUGGAAGUUUGUUGCUUUGUUCAUAAAAAUCCUGAACUGAAUAUUGCUGUAACACAUACCUUUAAUACUCGCAAUAAGAUGAAUGAACACUUAAAAACUCCCAAAAGUAAUACAAAUUUAAAUAAGCGUUUUAUAAAUUAUUUUGCACCAAAAAUAUUUAAUUUAGUUCCAAAAGAUAUAAGAAAAAUAGCGAAUAAAAAAAAAUUUAAGAAAUCUUGCAGACAUUAUAUUUAUACAAAUAAUAAAAAAGUUAAAGAACUAUUUAACAGCAGUUAAAAUUAUAAAUUGGAAUUUAUAUAGGUUAGGUUUAAGUAACCGAAUAUGUAGUUUAGGUCUUAAGUGAAUAUAAAUUAGCAUCAGAUGGAUUUAUUGAUAUUUUGUAAUAUAAAAAAUCUUGUUAACAGGCUCAUUCAGGUUUUAAGUUACCUAGGUGCCUAUGAGUAUGUUCCUACAUUCCUACAUUCAUGUAAUUUAUAUUAUUAUGUAUUGAUGUAUGAAUAAAUUAAACAAAUAAAUAAAUAAAUAAAAAUGUAAAAAAAAUAUUAGGUAGGUAGUUUCUUGGUCAGUUGAGAAAAGAGCAUGAAAGGAACAUAAAGCUAAGAUUUAAUUGUGUACAUUCUAAUAAACUUAAUUUUAAAGCUAUCUACCAAGUGUUUUUCUUACAGUUAUUUGUUCAAAAGAGAUACUUAAUAAUAUUCUUUCAAUUUCAUUUUAACAAUAAUACAAAGUGCCUUUAAUUUCAAAAAAUUCCAUAUAUUACACGCUGCCCGCCGCGAUGUACGAAAAUAUUUCUUAUUAAAAAUGUUUCAAACACCCCCCGUAUCGUAAAGGAUUGCCGCCGAAACUAAAUAAUGAUUUACGACCGCGUAAAAAAAGUCGGCACUGUUUAGAAGUCCCUACUUCAAACGGCCGCAAGAGAGUGAACCUACUGUCUUGUUCUUUAUACUGUGCCUAGGGUUAUGAAUUUCGGUGUUCGGGGAUAAUUUUGCAUCAUAAACAACUUUUUCUUAUAAACUUUUUUUAUAUCUGGCCUAGAAAUACUACUUUACCUACUCAUAAAAUUUAAAAAAUGCUCCUAUCAAGGCAUGCCUGAUUAAAAAAAAAAUGCUAAAUUUAAUUUUUUAAAGAAGCAGGGCUGGAUGCCGAACGGUCACAUUUCAACUACAAAAUUUUUUGUAAUUUUUACGUAUAAAUUCGCUCAUCCUGGCUCAUAUCAAAUCGGCUCACACUGUAGAUCCAAUAAUUUUACGUUUGUGAUACCUAAAUUUACAUCGUUUAGAUUCCUUAAGGAAAAUGUCAGUUUCUGGGUUUUUUGUUUAUUGAUAAGCAGUUUGUUUGAAGCAAACCACAGCUAAGGCUCUGUGCAGGUCUCCAAGCAUCCCUAUAAGAGCGUCCAGUGUCUUGCCGGACAGUGAGAUUGUUGUGUCGUAAGCAAAGGGAACAUACUUGACCGAAUGUUUUACCUCAGAUAGCUCAUUUAUCAAGAUUAAGAAAAUUAUUGGACCAGGAUUGAGCCUUGGGGGACUCCAAUAUUGUUGAUUCUCUCAGCAGAGAACACACCAUCCACUCUUACAAUCUGUCUAUAAUUUUCAAGAUGUGAUUUGAUUAAAUUUCUGUUGUUUUUGUGAAUUUAUAGUGUUUAAACUUGCCCAAGAGGAUGCUAUGAGACACACAGUCAAAGGCCUUGUUAAGGUCAAAGAACAAGGCGGAGCAAUAUUCCAGUUUUUCAAAUGCACCCAUCAAUGCCUUAACCAGACUGAGAACAAACAGCCUGGAGUGGUGUCCCUGCCAGACCUGAAACCAUACUGCCCAUCUGAGAAAAGUUUAUUUUGUUCAACAUAGGCAACAAUUUGUUUUACCAUACAUUUCUCACAAAUUUAGAAAUUGUUGAUAAGAUGGAGAUGGGUCUAUAGUGUAUAGGUGUCUUCUUUGUUCCCUGAUUUCAAAAAUGAAUUAACAAUUCCCAGUUUCAUCAUAUCAACCUGGGGCCGUAUUUUUGAAACCAUUCGACUGUCGUGAUUCGCAUACGAAAUUAGAGGAUUUCGCACGAAAAAUCGAUAUUGGUAUUUUCGACCGCUUCUUAUGCGAACUUUUUCGCAUGCGGUGUCUCGAAUGGGUAUAUACCAUUCGAAUUUCAAAGUUCGUGUGCGAUUUUCAAUUUGAUUCUGCCACUUGUUUUGAUUUUAAACUAGUUUUGUUUUUUUUUUAAUUUGUGUGAGUUGGUUAAGUAUUUUCGUAGUGUUUUUUUUCUUGUUUAUUAAAAAAAAAAUUACAAUAAUCAAUUAGCAAGAAUAAACAAUCUUGUGCAAAGAAACGUCGUCGAUGCACUGGAAGAGACUGAAACUCUGAUCAUUUCUUGACCGAUUUGAAAUGUAUUCAGAUGCUCAAUUUAAUAAAUUAUAUAAAUUAAGCAAGCCUAUUACGAUGAAAUUCAUGUGCUCUUUAUGUGCUCCAGAAACUGUGUAAUCUGUCCGCUAUUUUUAUCCACAAGGCUUGUGCCGUUUUAGCUGAAAAAUCUUGGGUGAAUUUGCUCGACUUUAAUUCCGGGUGCUCUUCUAUAAAUAAAAUUAGUUUUUUCUUUUGCUCACUCGACACAAAACUGCAAUAAUUUUUAUUUUUUGAAUUUUUAUCUUAAAAAAGAAGUCAAUUCGAAAAACUCAAGAAACGCCAUGAAAAAAACCUCAAAAUUCCCUCAUGUUUUUAAACUUAAAUUUUAGGUUAGGUUAAAAAAACUUUAUCGUCUACAUCCCGUUUGACAUGGCCUCCGAUAGCACUCGACUUUGCUACGUUGCCACUACAUUUCAUGUUCGUAUGCGAAUGAAAUUUCGAAUGCUGUUCAAAAAUGCACUUUUUAUUUCGUGUGCGAAUUUUGCCGCUCGACUUUGUACGCAUUCGAAGAUUCUCGCAUGGUUUCGAAAAUACGGCCCCUGGUGAGAGGGAAAAGAAUAAGGUUUUUUUAUCGAUUUUAGUAAAGGCAUUGUGAGGCCGUAAAUGUCAGAGCUUGGGGUAUAUAUUUUACUAGGUUCAUAGCUGUAGUAGAGAACUCAUUGAAUUCAUUGGGGUUAGUAGAUAUUUUGGUCUUAUUUUGAUCUCUUUUCUAUACAUUUUGUAACCUGUUUUUAUUACAUUUUUGCUUUUAACAAAAAUUGACUUUCAACAUCAGUCAAUUCUUUAAUAGAGUGGCACAUAUGAUAACGGCAGCUUAUCAGUCUGGAAAACAUUAAUUCUUGGUGGGUUGGCAUGAAUUAUUCUAGAGAUGCUUUGAAAGAAAUUGUGGGCGCCGUCCACUUUGAUAUGUUUAUUUAAAGUGCUGUUUAAAGAACCUUUAACGGGCAAAUUGGUUCUUAUGUAAACAAAAGGAUGUAAAGAAAUAUAACAAAGUAAAACACAAAAUAAGCCUCAAUUAACACUAUACAGGGUGCCUCGGAUUAAAUCGGCACUAUUGGUAUCUUUGUUAAUAUUUAAGAUACAGGGUCGUU